GAUGGUUAUUUCGAGCAACAUUUUGAAUGUUUUUCUAUCUAUAUUGAUUUUCCUGAUUUUUUUGCUUUGAUGUUUACAUUCUAUCGCAGGAGCGCUCUUUUAGGGAUGCUGUUCUGAUUUCCAAUUCCGACUUGCCGUUUAUAUUGCGAAAAAAUCUUGCAUUCCAAAAAUGUCGGCAUGAGAAAACGUGUUGUUAAAGCUCAGCUGUUCAACAUGGAGAACGUUUUACAGGGUUAUUUUGCUCAGCUGUUCAAUAUGGAGAACAUUUUACAGGGUUAUUUUAACGCGGCUCUGUGGAUUUUACUGGUGAUUGCUAGCGUUGCAGCGAUGCGGAGGUUAUUUCCAUUGAAAGCGGUUACUGCAAAGAACAGUAAUAAAUUUCUCAUCCAGCGCAAGGUUGAUAGGGAUGGGCCAUUCUUUUGCGAUUACCUGAAGAAGAAUUCAUCAGCCUCUUCCAUCUUUGUGGCAAAGGACUCGGAACAAAAUGCAGGAUUUUUGUGGCAAAAACAGAGCAAGGUAUGUGAUGGAAAAGGGAUCUUAGCACUUAGGAUUUCUUCAGAAGGUGAGAGCCGCAAGAGAGACAGAUCUUUAAAGUUGAUCCAGGGAGAGAUGGAAUCUCGCACAAAGAUAUUGGAGAAUGAGAAGACUGAUUUGCAGGAAGCAUUAGAAAAAGAGAUAGAUAGGCGGUCGAAUGAAUGGGCGUGUAUGCUGGAGAAAAUUAGGUCUGAGGAGAGGAGGAUGAGAGAGAGGGUCAGAGAUCUUGCAAAGCAAAAUGUAGAAUUGCAAAGAGAACUUUUAUCUUUAAAUAACCGGGAAAUUCAUGUAAAAACUCAGAGUGAGGAGGAGUUCGAACAAGUACAACAAGAACUUAAAUCCGAAACUUUACUUGUCAAAAUUCUACAGGAAAAAAUAUGUUCUAAUGAGGCUGAUUUAGAACAACUUGAGGAAGAAGUUGCAACUUUGGUAAGGAAUCAAGAUGUUUUGACAAGUAAUAUUGAAAACUUAGAGGGCAGGCUAAGUAGCUCAAACCAGAAAGAGAAAGAGUUGGAGCUUCUGCUUGGAGGGAAGGAAAAUACCAUCAGAUGUUUACAAGCUGAUUUACAAGAAUGUCUCAAAGAACUGGCAUUGUUAAGAGGAGAAAUACCCAAAAUUUCAGAAGAAAGGGAUGACUUUCAGCAAGAUGCAGAACGACUUAAAUGCCAAAACAUGGAACUCAUUUCUGAAGUGGAAUCGCUUAAAAUGAGAGUGGAGAAACUUCAAGAGGAUGUACUAGUCAGGGAGGGACAGUUAUCAAUUUUACAGGAAAGCUUAAAUGCAUAGUUUAGUUUUGUAGUAGAUAGUAAUAGUGUGUGGGUUCAUUCCUCUUUUUAUGUUGACAUGCAUUUUUCAACAUUCUUGCUCAUUGUAUUCUACUUCUCACAAGUGUAACAUAGCUGAUGUUUUCAAAUAGUUUUACAUGUCAAAGGUGAUGAGGAAUUUUAAAACAGCAAUAAAACAGAACAACAGUUAAGACAUGAUAGGACAUACAUACAGAAGUUUACACAACAAAACGAAUUAUGUGCUUCAUCAAUGUAUGGUUACAUUCACAGAAAAAGUAGGGCAAUAUCUUUUAUUAACUAUUACAACAGAUACGGAGCCUUUUCUCAUCUCUGAUACAAAUCUUUUUAACUCUCCAAAUAUGAAGAGACAGCAAGUAAAUGAAGAUGAAGUGACAGGAAGAAGAGUAAUGGUGACAAUUGUUGGACUUCAUAUACUCAACAAAAAGGGUAUAUAAUAAUAUCUUUUUGAAGAUAUAAAGGAUUCUUUUGUAAGAAUUUCAUCUCGCAUUGUAAAUUUUGAAACUAGAACUCUGAGGUUUGUUCCCUUCACAUGAAGAUCAUACACUAAGUUCUCA